AGCAAUAAUAUUAUAAAUUAGUACUUGAAACUAACAAUUUAUUAAAUAAUAAAUGUUUUUGUCUAUUUAUCUAAUUUAACGGAAUUUUUAUUUACUCUUUUAAAUAAGAUCAAAUAUGGAAGAAUCGUCUGUUUCUUCUGGCCUGAAGGAGGAAAGUAACAAUGAAGUUGAUCCUAUCGUAGAUAUUAUUGAUUAUUUGGUAAGAUGCGCAAAUGUUUUUUUUAAAAACGCUAGCGUUAAUAAUCCCGAAGUACGAAAUAAUGAUAAAAUUCAAUAUGCAUGCGAAUUUUAUAAGCAAUCGCCGACUAAAUUUCUGUUGCAAUUCGGCAAAUAUCUCUGUGCAAAUCAUUUACAAUAUUUUGAAAAACAGCACCUGGAUAAUAAAAGUUAUCAAAAAUGUUUAGCUGAAUUAAAAUUAUAUCAUUCAAAUGAAUCUAGAAACAAGAGAGUCAGAAAUAGACGAUACAAGGCCAUGCAAAAAUUACAAGAGGAUACAGAUUAUUUUACUGAAAAACAAAUGAUGUAUCGUAAUCCUCUCUUAUAUGACCAAUUAAUAGGACAGUACUUAACUGACGAUGAAAUAAGAGAGAGAGAUGCUGUUGGCCCAGAGAAUCUUACUUUGUUAAGUAUGAUUCUAGACACAGUUGAAAGAAAUGAAAUGAGGCAGACUAAGUAUGAACAGAUGCUAAAUGAGGAUGGAGGCUCAUCUGAAGACACAGUAGAGGACUCAUCUGGAGGCAUAUCCCCUCAAAGUAAUAGUAAGAGGAAUGGGGCAUGCAAAGAAAAACAGUGGGGGAGUUUUGAUGUCCCAGAUACUGAAGUUCCCCAUGUACCUGAUAAACGAAAACCAACAAUGAUAAAUGCAAAUGAAAGAAACCUUUUGAGAGAAGAAUUUAUACAUGAAAUGUAUACUAGUUUUAUUGAAGGCAGAGACAUCAAUUUCGAUUAUAACUCUGUUGAUAAUGACGAGGAAUAUGAUGAUUUACAGCAAAUUUCGCAAGAUGCAGAAGAUAAAUAUUUUGAUUCUGAGGAAAAUGAUGCAAGAACAUUAGAAGAACAUAUGACACUUAUUGAAGAAUAUGGAAGAAAGAAAUCAGUUGAAUCUAGUGACAGUAAUACAGAUCCCUUGGAUGUGUAUAUGCAACAUAUUUCAUAUAAACUUUAAAAAGUUCAAUUUUGUUUGAAUUUUCUCUAUAGGUAAUUUGGAAUAUACAUAAUCUUUUUGUUUUAUGUUUAUUUUUUAAGAAAUAGUGUCAAAUAGUGAACAAGUCAAAAUAUACUAUACUAAAAGUA